AUGGGGGCGUAUAGAGCUGAUGAUGAUUACGAUUAUCUGUUCAAGGUUGUUCUGAUUGGUGAUUCUGGUGUUGGAAAAUCCAACCUUUUGUCGAGAUUCACCAAAAAUGAAUUCAGCCUUGAAUCUAAAUCCACCAUUGGUGUUGAAUUUGCAACCAGAAGCAUUAAGGUUGAUGAUAAGGUUAUCAAGGCUCAGAUUUGGGAUACUGCUGGCCAAGAAAGGUAUCGAGCAAUUACGAGUGCAUACUAUAGAGGAGCUGUUGGUGCUUUACUAGUCUAUGAUGUUACACGCCAUGUUACAUUUGAGAAUGUGGAGAGAUGGUUGAAGGAGCUGAGAGACCACACAGACGCCAACAUUGUCGUGAUGCUUGUUGGGAACAAAGCUGACUUGCGUCAUUUGCGAGCGGUUUCAACUGAAGAUGCAACGGCUUUCGCUGAAAGAGAGAACACGUUUUUCAUGGAAACGUCUGCGCUCGAGUCCUUGAAUGUUGAGAGUGCCUUCACUGAAGUGCUGACACAGAUAUAUCGUGUUGUGAGCAAGAAAGCACUUGAGAUUGGCGAUGAUCCAGCAGCGUUGCCGAAAGGACAGACAAUUGAUGUUGGAUCGCGGGAUGAUGUAUCGGCUGUGAAGAAAUCUGGAUGUUGCUCUUCUUGA